CCAGCGCGACUCAACAGAAAGUGGUUGAAUCGGACAGAGCUAUCGAUAGCCCACGGUUCAUCAACUGUAGGGACCAGACCGGGCUUUGUCUAUUCGCAAUUUCAAAAAGUUACUGACAACCAGAGGAUUUUAAGCCUUCAAUUGAAUCGUUUUGGAUAAAAUCGUUUUGGAGAUGCAUCUCGUCGCCGAGAUCUGAGUCCACAUAGGACCACUAUGUAAUUAUCAUUGGAUUGAUGUGGGCCAGGAGAAUCCUUACCUUUUUACAAUGCAUUGUCCCUGAGAGACUCGAGCAGAUCUGUCAAUCAAAUAACUGUUUAUGGAUUAUGGACUAGGCAAAGUGAAUCCCCCAUUGUUGUCUUCUACCACCUGAAAACGAUUCAUGUAUUGGAAAGCAGUCAUGAAAUUCUGGUCUUUAAGCCGACUUUCAAAGGAUAUGAAUACCUAGCCUCCGGACCUAGGACAUAGCAAAUUUGGUUGGAGCCACUAGUGACUCAAGUCUCCAAAUAUUUAAUGCAGUCCGACAACCCAUUCAACAAGAAACUCCAAUUGUUAAAGGGUCCUAUGGGACCUCCGACUGCCAACGUCCAGGGAACGCCGGCCAUGCCCAAGAUGGGCGUCCGUGCUAGGGUGUCAGACUGGCCCCUGCGGAAGGAUGGCUGGGAGGGUCGGCCUCCGGCCCGGUAUGACAGCUUGGUGCCUACCUUCCAGGAUGGAUUGUCCAACCUAAGCACCGAGGCCAUUCUCAAGAAGAGCCAGGAGUUGCUCACAGAGUAUCCGCUCUGCGACCUCCUCAGCCACUCCCCAAUGAAGGGCAUUCCCGGGAUCAAGAGGAGCAACAGUGAGGUCACUAUCAGCGACAUUGGUGCAGAGGACUUGGAUCAUACCACCAUCAACCCCAACACGGGGGCCACCUUGCGGCGGGAGUAUGGGAGCACGUCCUCCCUUGAUAAGCAAGGUUUGUCCACUGGUAGCGAAGGCUUUAUUGGAAUGCUGAGGGACUACCACACGGAGGACCGCUCUGAUCAUCCCAGCAUACCUCCUCCACAGAGCUUUCCAGAGCUACUGCGCCUUAACACCACCCUGUCGCCCAGUCUGCAAACAGCCGCCCAGAUCGCACGGGGCGAGAUCGUCUGCAUCCCGGGUUACGACUAUGUCGACAGCUCUCUGCUUUACAGCCGUGAGCGGGAGAAGUCCUUCAUCCAACGCAUGAAGGCAGAGAAGGCAGAGACCUCAAUCUUCCGCAGGCUGCGCAACGUCAAGAGCGAGGGCGAAUACCUGGACCAAGAGGAUGGUGGGCGCUUUGGAAGGCCCCUAAGCUUCCAGAAGUGCUUUGCCCACUACGAUGUGCAGAGUGUCCUCUUCAAUAUCAGUGAGGCGGUGUCCAACCGCGCUGACCUGGGCCGAAGGAAGAACACCACCACAGGGGCAUCAGCUGCCUCUCAGUGCCAAGCAACGGGAUCUGGGCCGGGAGACGGCGCCACACCCAUGCCCAUCUGUGAGUCACCCGUGGGCAGCUGCGAGGACCUAGGCCUCAAGGCCAGCAUAGACUUAGAUGAGGGGGAUGGUAAGAGCAACUCCCUGGUGCUCAGCUGCCCAUAUUUCCGGAACGAGACUGGCGGGGAGGGCGAGAGGAAAGUGGCCCUGAGCAGAGCCAUCAGUGCCAACUAUGGGAGCGGUGACUACGCUCCUAACUAUGGUGGUGGAGGACAAGGCCACACCAUGGAAUCGUCGCUCAGUACCCGGUGCACCAACGCAGGGGUUUCUGUACUGGAGGUGCCCCGGGAGAGUCAAGCCUUCCACCGGGACAUGUACAAGCGUUACAUCAUUGAACAUGUCGACCAGGGAGCCUACUACUACCACAAGUACUUUUACAACAAAGAUCACCAGAACUACUUUGGCACAGAUGAGAACUUGGGCCCCGUUGCUGUCAGUAUCCGUAGGGAAAAGCUGGACGAACUGAAGGAUGGAGCACAAUACAACUACCGGGUCACCUUCCGGACCAGCGAGCUCACCACUCUCCGAGGGGCCAUCCUGGAGGAUGCUGUGCCCUCCACUGCCAAGCAUGGCACCACCAGGGGCCUUCCGCUGAAGGAGGUGCUGGAGUAUGUGGUCCCUGAACUGAACAUUCAGUGUCUCCGGCUGGCCACCAGCUCGCCCAAGGUCCCCGAGCAGCUACUUAAGCUGGACCAACAGGGGUUGAGCUUCCAGCACAAGGUUGGCAUCCUGUACUGCCGGGCGGGCCAGAGUACAGAGGAAGAGAUGUACAACAAUGAGAGCGCCAGCCCCGCGAUGGAGGAGUUCAUGGAACUACUAGGUCAGAGAGUCAGGCUGAAGGGCUUCACCAAGUACCGGGCCCAGCUGGACAACAAGACGGAUUCCACAGGAACUCAUUCUCUCUACACUACAUACAAAGACUACGAGCUGAUGUUCCAUGUUUCCACACUCCUGCCAUACACCCCAAAUAAUAGACAACAGCUGCUGAGGAAGAGACAUAUUGGAAAUGACAUCGUUACUGUGAUUUUCCAGGAGCCUGGGGCUCUUCCUUUCACUCCCAAAAACAUUCGCUCGCACUUUCAGCAUGUGUUUAUCAUCGUCAAAGUCCACAACCCUUGCACAGAAAAUGUUUGUUAUAGUGUGGCUGUGACCAGGUCAAAAGAUGUACCCGCCUUCGGUCCUCCCAUUCCCCAGGGAGUGCUAUUCCCAAAGUCAGCCGUUUUCCGGGACUUUCUCCUGGCCAAGAUGAUAAACGGUGAAAAUGCAGUGCAUAAGUCAGACAAGUUUCGUGCCAUGGCCAUGCGUACGCGCCACGAGUACCUGAAGGAUUUGGCUGAGAACUUUGUAAGCGCCACCCCUGUGGACUCUUCGGCAGCCAAGUUCAGCUUCAUCACACUGGCAGGCAAGAAAAAGGAGCGCAGUCGACCCCGGAGAAAUGCCCAUCUUCAGAGCUAUGGGGCGGUCACGUGGGCUGUGGUGGCCCGGGACUUUGGCCAGUCGACCGACAUUGGCUGCCUGUUGGCUGUUUCCAACGAGUUUGUGGUGUUGAUAGAGGAGGCAUCCAAUGAGGUGGUGUUCAACUGCUACUGCCGCGAUGUCCUCGGCUGGAGCCCCGCAUCCGGGACUGUCCGGCUUUUCUACGAGCGCGGCGAGUGUGUGGUGUUCUCCGCGCAGGAUGGAUGCUGGGACGAUAUCCGGGAGAUCACACAGAGGCUGGAGAUCGUCACCCGUGGCUGCGAGACCAUGGACUUGACCCUCCGACGGAAUGGCUUAGGUCAGCUGGGCUUCCAUGUUAACUUUGAGGGCGUGGUGGCGGACGUGGAACCCUUCGGCUUUGCCUGGCAGGCGGGUCUCCGACCAGGCAGUCGUCUAGUAGAGAUCUGCAAGGUGGCUGUUGCCACGCUGUCCCAUGAACAGAUGAUUGACCUGCUUCGUACUUCCAACACCGUCAGUGUAGUGAUCAUCCAGCCACAUGAAGACGGAACCCCGAGGAGAAGCUGUGCGGAGAUGUACCGUGUCCCCAUGGUGGAGUACAAGACGUCCAUGGCCGCUGGCUGGCACUGCAUCUCGGCUGCCCCGGGUGGCGGGCCUCCCCUGUCCCGUGCAUCACCCACCCAGGGACCCAGCCCUGGGCAGCAGAUGUUCCACUACGCCCAGGGGGCCAUCUCCCGCAGCACCUCCUUUGACAGGAAGCAGCAAGACAGUACCAGGGUACAGCCGGAAUAUGAGAUCUCCCCGACGGCCUCGUGCAGCAGUCGGGAACCAGGACAACUCUACUGCAGCUCCCCCAGCAACCAAUCCACGUCCAGUGACCCUGGACCUUGUGGCACCUGGUCCCAAAAAGCAGGAUACAUUAACGGGUGCCCGUCCCCUGCACUGCUCCUGGAUCAGCCAAUUGACAAGGAUGGGGAGGGACAUAGAGAGAGGGAGCCCAAACUGGAGAGGACCAGAUCGGCAGAAGCCAAGUGGCACCAUCCCUCCACAAAGAUUUUGAACAUGAGGGAGAAAGGCCAGCCAAGACCAGGAGCAAAGGACUCCCCCAAUAAAUACCAAUGUUCUGGUUCCAGCCACUCCAGCAGCAACACUCUCUCCAGCAACGCAUCCAGCGGGAGCAGCGAGGACAAGCGAUUUGGUUCGGGGGACCCCAUGGACCCGGACGCCCUGGGCCUCACCUACAUCAAGGGUGCUUCCACCGACAGCGGCAUCGACACGGCGCCCUGCAUGCCCCCGCCGCCCCCACCCCUUCCCGGUGGAGGCUGCGCGCCCAGGGUCUCGGUUGGCCGGCUGGUCCUCCAGGACGCCAGGGGGGAACAGUGGGCGGUGGAGUACCCGGGGACGAGCAGUUUCCCGGGUGUGGGAACGCCCGAGGUGGGGCUGUCGUCACAAGGCUACAGCACUCAGGCCACUUCAGCUGGGCUCGUGACGGAUGGGAGCCUGGGUGACCUGAGCGAGAUUUCUUCAAUGUCCAGUGGCUCCAGACACUCUGGCAGCCCAUCAGAACAUGGUCCUAAGAAGUCCGUCUCGGUUGACUCCUCCAAAGUCUACAUCAUUUCUCCUGGUGGCAUUGCAACCGGGUCUGGUCUUAGUGGUCCAUCCCAAGCCCACCAAUCACCGGGCAAAGAGUAUCUGAUUGGCUGGAAAAAAGCUGAAGAUGACGCUGCAAUGGAGGAGCCAAACAGGCCAAAAGACUCUAGUGGCGUGGAAGGCGUAGUGUCUUUUCUACUAAAGACUCUAACACUGAGAUCCAGGCUUCGGGCCAUGCUGGGUCCAGACGGCCAGCUCCAGCAGGUCCAGCCCAGUCUGACCAGGGAUGCCUUCCUGAAGAUGAUGCUGCCCGACAGUCCUCCUGGUGAUGGGGUACAUGGCAAGAAUGUGACGGGUCCCGGCGGCCGGCCCAUGUCCCCACGGCGGUCCGUGUACAGGACCUUGUCCGACGAGAGCCUAUGCAGCAGCCACAGGAAGACCCUGUCCCUGGUUAGCUCCCGGAGCUCUCUCCUGGACCAGGUCCUGCCCAACGAUAUUCUGUUCAGCACAGCAGCCGGUCCGUAUCACAGUACCCUGCCACCACGCAUGAGCCUCGGCCCCGGCCAGGGGGCGGCAUUACACAAAAAUGAGCUCUGGUUCUCUGACAGCUCCCUGGCCGACCGCUGCAAAAUGGCAGACGGCAGACUGAUGCCUCUGCCGGAAGCCGCAGCUGGCCUGGACUGGUCCCAUCUUGUUGACGCUGCAAGGGCUUUUGAAGGUCUGGGGCUUGACAAGGAUGCCGGUCGUCUCUGUAAUAAAGAGAGUCAGAAAGAUUCACUAGCAGCGGAUCAGGCGUCCCUGAGCUCCAUGUCGGAUGCGGAGCAGGCCCAGCAGGCCUUGGAGCUGUCCCAUGAGCUGAGCCGGAGGGUGGCCGCGUCAGAGGCCGCCGCCCUGGAGGCAGGGGACUGUUCUCCUGCUCUGCUCACUGGCAAAGUCAACCAACUGGAAGAGAUCCUCAGGCAGCUGCAGUUCGACCUACGAAAGGAGCAAGAGGACAAGGCCAUGUUGCAGGAGCAGGUCCAACAUUUGCGUCAGGACAACAUGCGCCUGCAUGAGGAGAGCCAAACAGCAGCCGCCCAGCUCAGGAGGUUCAGCGAAUGGUUUCUUCACUCGGUCGAUAACAAGAAGCCUUGAGCUAAAAUACAUUUUAAAAAAAACACUGAAAUAAACACACACGCGCCCACUAGCACGUGCACGCUGCAACAUGGCCAUUAUCACCCCAUUACCUGAGCCAGCGGACAUGUCGAAAGGGGCGAUGUCUGCAGUGAUUUACAGUGAAUAGUCGUCAUGUAAGUGAGCGUUAGCGUGUUAAUGCUAGUAGCAUUGUUGUGAGAGCAAAUCAAAAAGAGUUAGUGUUAAUAUACUGGGUGGGGGGUAGGGGCUAGUAAAGGGAUAGAUUUAUAGGUAAAGGUUUAGGGGAGAAAGUUAAGAAUGUAGCAGACCUCAUGUUUUUUGCCUUUUUGUGUAUAGGAAGGAACUUGUGAAUUUUCAACAAAUGAAUGUAAUUUAUGUGAAAUCUGUAUCCUUUUGCCAGGUAUCAAAGUUAUCAGUGAAAAUCUAAGAAAACAAGUUCACCCAAAUAAUAUUCCUUAACUUUACCUUCCCUUAUAAUGCAUCAUAAAACAACCGGGAAUUAUCUAUGAUGUUCCAAGUGCUUUCCAUUCAAAAAGCAAGUCUUUUGUAAGUCAUUUUGUAAAGUACUCCACUGUUUUGCAAAAUAAUUGUCAUUGUCCUAGCAAUAAAUAUAGUGAUAGUCACAAAACUGUUAAUGAUUAGCACUGAUUGUGGUGUUGUCGAGCUUGCGGUUGUUUUGGAUUACUAGGACGUAUUUAUUAUGCAGGAACAAAAAUGUGCCUGACUAACCAGUGGUGUAUGGAUGGGUGCUGUAGAAUUUUCUGUUGUUAAAUCAAACUGUUCUAGUCCCUCGUCCUUCUUCUACCCCAUGCUUCAACCACAUGCUGUUCACAGCUGUCACUAAUGACGUCUACCAUGAUGUUAUUACCUUGUUCUUUUUGCCACGUAAGAGACCCAUUGUUAUGCAGUUGACACUUGUAGGUACACGAAAAACACCAAGUGUACAAGUUAUGUAUUUUCAAUGCCAAAAUGUGUUUGAUGGUCUUUGUACAGUAAUUCAGAGAACAUGUCUUGUAUUUAACACUCUUAUUUAAGCUUAUUUAACCCUCCAAAUGGUUUAUUUUAAUAUUGAGUAUUUUGUUUCUUUCUGCACUAAAAAAGAUUAAUGGCUCCGUAUUGGCAAUAUGUGUAUAGUUGGCGAGAGAUAAAAGAUAUAAAUACAAUAUACAUAUAAAGGGUGAUUCUGGGAAGUCCAACAUUUGGAUGCUGCUAGAGUACAGCCUGUUGUUUUGUAUGCCUUUCUUUCUUUGUAAGAUGUUUUGUUAGUGAGGACAAAAUGUUUGCUUUUUUAAAAUAAAUGUAGGAUGUUAAAAAACA